GCCAUCAACAUGGGCUCCGGCUCGAGUAAGUCCCGGUCCCGGUCGCCGGCGCCGCCGCCGCCGGCGCCCUCCAAGGCGCGCUUGCAGCAGGCACCUCCGUCCAAGAAGGGCGGCGGGUCCCGGCGACCCUCCUUCAACGGGGCCGGCUCCAGGAGACAGUCCUUCAACCCGCUCAAGGAGAACAAGCCGCCUGCGACGCCUACGCCGCGACCGCCGCCGUCAGACCCCAACCUGGCGCAGUGUCCCAUCUGCACGCGCGCCUUCGCCAAGGACCGGCUGGAGAAGCACAAGACCAUCUGCGAGAAGAGCAACAAGAAGAAGCGCAAGGUGUUUGACCCGAUUAAGAUGCGGGUCAAGGGCACGGAGUCUGAGCAGUACAUCAAGAAGAUCAAGAGUGGUGCGAACGAUGAUAAGGUGGGACGCGGCCAAAAGUCUCCGAAGAAGGCCGACUGGCGCAAGCAGCACGAAGAGUUCGUGGCCAACAUCCGGGCCGCCAAGCAGGCGCAGGCGCACCUGGACGCGGGCGGCAAGCUGGAGGACCUGCCGCCGCCGCCGCCGUCCGACACGUCUGACUACGUCGAGUGUCCGCACUGCGGCCGGCGCUUCAACGAGGCCGCCGCCGACCGUCACAUCCCCAAGUGCUCGUCCAUCUCGAGCAACAAGGCGCCCGGCCAGCCGCCGCCGAAGCAGGGCGGCCGCGGUGGCGGCAGGAAGCGCCGGUAGAGCGCGGAGAGGGCGGGUAGAGCGGCGGGAGGGCCGGAGGAGCACUGAGAUGACAGGCUGAGAGCGAGGAGCGCGCGCAGAGAGCAGUGGGGGUAGGUAUCUCAGGUACCUGCAGCGAGCAGAGGGGUAUCUCAGGUACCUGCAGCGAGCAGAAGGCAGUGGAGGCAGGUAUCUCAGGUACCUGCGGCAAGCAGAGGGCGGUGGGGUAGGUAUCUCCGGUACCUGCAGCGAGAACAGGGCGUUGGGGCAGGUAUCUCUGGUGCCUACCGCAGGCAGAGGGCGGUACGGGAGGCAUCUCCGGUACCUGCAGCGGGAAGAGGGCGGUGAGGGGGCAAGUACCUCAGAUGCCUGCAGCGCCAGACGGCAGGAAUGUCGCUGGUGGUGGCGGCUUGUGUUGCGGGAGGAGGCGCCGGGUUUGAGCGCUGGCAGGCGCGUGGUCCCCCGCGAGGCGGGACAGUUGUGGCCACUGAGGGCAUGGCGUGUCGGCAAAGUGCUGCUGUUCGUCGCGCGGCGGGAGGUUGCUGAAAUCGUCUCAUGAUUGAGUCAGUGAUUGAUUGGGGAAAUUGGGGCGUGAUUGAGUCAGUCCUGCCCAAAUCGAUGCGCUGGUGUCUUAUGUCUUGUACCCGUCUUGUGUGCGGGCACACCGCCGCCGGACGGGUUAGGAACAUGUCUUUGCGGCUACAGGCCACAGUAGAAACGAAUCGCACUCCGCUGGCCUAUGACGGAUGCAAACUGUUAAAGCAAAGGCAGCGCAGUUAGCGGGGUGGAAAACAUUUGGACGCUCGGACCACGGUAAAAUGCUUUACGAGCACACCAUUAAGCGGGCGAAGUUGUGCAAGUUGUUGAACGAUGUGCCUGAUAAGUUUUUUGAUUAAAUGUUGGUUAGUACUGGUGAUGCCGGCUUAUUUUCGCACACCAACACGCUUUGCAUUACUGUAGAAUGAACCCAGCAAUACUAUAGUUUUUGUUAAGACCAAUAAUGGCCCGGCUGUCGUUGCCAGCUUCCGGAGGUCGUACUGAUAAUCUAACACCGUGCCUAUACCGUUCCGCUUUUCUGUGAUAACAUAUAUGCUACGUCGACAAGACGAUCAGUAAUAUGCCGCGCACGUUUGCGGCUGUUGCACGGGUGAGGAGCCCUGUGCGAAGUGUAAAUGCGCCACUGGGUCACUGCAGUAGCUGGAGAAAUAUA